GUGCUCAUGCUGUCCAAAUUAAGCAGUAAAAGAAGACGCACGCUCAACCCUGUGCGCAUGACACAAGGACAUACACUGUUUUGGUGUUUAUUCUUUGAAUUUCAUUAUUCGGUGGUGCGGCAAUUUAAAGAUGUCUCCCAGACCUCUGGAGCCUCUGGCCAAAAGGCUGCUGAAGGGCGUGAUCGCCCUGGAGCUGGCUGGAGUCUUUGGGGCGUAUGCACUAUUUCACAAGAUGAACAACAGUCAAGAUUUUAGAAACACCAUGAACAAGAGGUUUCCAUCAGUUCUAGAAGUUUAUUAUCAGUCCAAUGAGUGGGCGGGAAUAUACGGGAUCCGGGAGCGAGACCACCAAGCCUGGUCGGCUAAACAGGAAUGAAAGUUCUUGUCCAGCAGAAACAGCAACAGCUGCUAUUUCUUCUUCCUGUUCCUGAACGUCCUGCUCCCUUUAUUGGAUCGGGCCAUCAUUUUCUUCCUGCGCAGCGUCUUGGCAUCGCGGCCGUGGAUCCAGUCGUCCCGCUCAGCCUCCCACCUCAGCUGCUUCUGGCCUGCAGGAGACAAAAAGGGAACAUCAAGGUCUAGUUUGAACCUAAAGGGACAAUGCAGAGAACGGUUUGACAGCAUCUGCUCUCUGAACAUAUGAUUUAUCAUCACCAAUCAAAGCAGAUAUACCGUCACUACUACUUGCUAUUAAAACCAAAAUUUUACACAAUUCUAAUAGAAUUAUGAGCAACCUGAAGUGUUCUUUUUUUUUAUCCAAAUUUUGAUGACAGCAGGCAGCCACCAAACGACAGACUUGGUAGUUUUAACACAUUUGAUGAAACUAAAGUUGGAGGAUCACUCGCCUCAUUUUCUGAUGGUUUUACUGAAUUCAACUGGGUCCAGUUAGUAAUGUAAAGUGGGAAUGUGCAUCAGGUUUAAGCUUUUAGUCACAACAAAAUCCAGACUGCUACACGUUUGUUAAUUUUUGGACUACCCCUGUUGCCCAGACAGUUGGAAAAAGAGGGUGGGGAUGUGAACGACAGAGUCUUUCUUUUAUAAUGGACGACUCUUUUUCAGUAUGACAUAGAAUGCUGCUUUUUAGGCAAAGGAUCUUUGUAAUUUUGCCAAUAACCUUUAAAAGAUUGCUGGUAUCCAGCGGAUUUGUUUCCUGUUAAAGCUUCCAUAUAGUCGUUUUCUGAUUUAUUAUGGCAGAUUAUCCACGGUACAUUUUUCUCCAGCAUUAAUACUGGUUCAAAACCAAAGCUGCGUUCUCACUGAACGCGAUUGGGACAUCAGGGGCGUCCAGAUUCAAUGUUAAAUCAAUGUACAGACGCGUUCAGAGGUCCAAUGUUUUCAGAGUUCAAAUAUCUGACCUUUGAAGAAUUUGCAAUGCUUCAACCAAUCAGGAUCUCAGCUUUGGCCGUGACCUUUUGAUGACGUGAUCAGCAGGUGGUGUCCAAAACCAACAUGGAGGAGAAUCUGAACUAUUUUUCUUAUUUCUAUGGAGAUCAUAAUGAAAAGAUCUUCUGAUCUUAUUCUUAUUUCUCUUCUGGGACUAAAUGCAGGACAAAGUCAUCAAACUGGGUCUCGGAGAGACAGAAGUAGCGCUGAAAGCGUCCGUCAGAUAUGAACAUGUGAUAACCGAUGCUUUUGUGGGGCUUUUCAAAAUAAAUAAAUCUGAUCUCCUAACA